CGGGCUGACAGUGCGCAGAGGGGAAACUCAGCGGACUAAAAGCUGCCAGAUCCACUUCGGAGAAGAGCUUGAUUUCACUACAAGGCAAAACAACAUGAGGAAACUUUUCAUUCUCCUUCUCCUGGUUGCCCUGUUCAUACACGGGACACUUCAGAAACAUGGAGGAAAGAAAGAAAGGAAGAAAGUGUUCCCUCAGCCCAGAGUGCUUUUAGGACAUCUUCCCACACAGCCUGACGUCGGUGGCACCCAGCCUCCCAACUCCACCGGUCCUCCGUCUCUGGUGGGCUUAAGCGACUCUGCCAUAGAGUACCUCAAAGGAAGCCUGAGCACCAGAGUCAUCCCCAUCAUCUACUUGCUGGCGGUGAUCGUCGGGAUCCCGACCAACAUCACCAUCCUGUGUUUGCUCGCCACCAAGAUUAGGAAGGUGUCGUCCGCCGUCCUCUACUGCAGCCUGGCCGUUUUCGACCUAUUCCUGCUCGUCUCCCUCUUCUUCAAGGCUCACUACCAUCUCCUCGGAAACAACUGGGUGCUCGAAGAAGCCGCCUGUAAGGCGGUCACCGCCUGUUUCUAUGGUAACCUCUACGGCUCGGCCCUGACUCUGGCUUGCAUCGCCGUCAAGCGCUACAUGGCGGUGGUGCACCCGUUCAUGUACAAAACGCUGCCCAAGCAGAGGUGCAUAGCCUGGGCCGUCCUGGCGCUGUGGCUGGUCUUCGGCGCCUCUGUCGUCCCCCAGAUGUUGGUCCAACAGACAUUUUGGGUCUCCCAGCUGAACCGCACCACCUGCCACGACGUGAUGCCCCUGAAUUAUGACUCUCACAAGUUCUUGCUCUUUUGCAACCUGACUCUGGCGGUUCUGUGCCUUCUGGUGCCCAUGGUGGUCACCACCGUGUGCUUCGUCAAAAUCCUCAACGCGCUCAACCGGUCGCACUACGACUGGGCGAUGUACAUCAAGUCCAGCUCUCUGGUGUUCACCAUCUUUCUGCUGUGCUUCCUUCCCGUUGGCGUCCUGCACUUCCUCCAUUAUGUGCAGCUGUCUGCGGGAGGGGCAGACAGUCUGUACGAAUAUUUCAACAUGGCGGUGUGUCUCUGCUGCCUCCACGCUUGCCUGGACCCCUUCUUCUUUAUCCUCAUGUCCAGGUCUGCGGGAUCCAAAAUGUUCUCUCUGACCUUCAAAGGCACGAACCUCAGUGUGUCAUUCUGAAAGACAAUAAUGGCGUUUUCCCACCUGAUAGUCCUUCAGACUCGGGGGCAACAAUUUUCUGUAUUUGUUACAUUUUCAACGGGUGCGGUUUGCUUUCACACUAAACUGUGUCAAACAAUCCCAGCCCUUUGUUUACCUGCUGUUUACCUCCUUACCUGCGGGGGCGCUGCACCAAGAACCGCUGAGGGGAAUUACAAAAGCACAACUUUGCAAAACGUAAACAAAAAUGAAGGACGUCCCUUUUGUCUUUGGCAAAAGACCAUGAGCCGUUUCUCUCGCCGUUUAUUUCGGCUCUAUUGACCCAGAAUGCACUGCGCUAUAGCGCAUUUCCUGCUUUUGGAGCAAUCUCAUGUCUGCUUGCAUUCGAACCGAGCCGCAGCUCACUUCAACAGAACUGAGACUUUUUUCAGGCGGAGUUUGAUUAAUCCCUGCACACCUUCCCAAACGAAUUGGACUUUCGGGGCAAAUGAGCUGGAGUUCAAUUAAUGUGGACUAAACAGUCCCGGUGUGAAUGCACCCUACGUGUUUUGAAGGAAACUGACAAAUUUCAUGCUUUCCCAAAGAGAAAGCAAUUCGGUUGAGGGGAGCGUUAGCCUUGAUGCAACGGCUGUUUCAAAAGUAGAACUUGUGUUUACAAGAAAUGCUUAUGACAGAUUGGUUUGAUGAAACCUGCACCUUUAUUACCAGUUUGAUGUUAAUACUACAAAAUAGUUGAAAGCAUUCUUAAAUGUAAUUUAAAAUGAUUGAUCACAGUAUUUUGUUUGGAUUUAAGAACAAUGGCCGAAGGUUUACGACUCUUUGGCUUUAGUAAACCUCUGUGCAGCGAGUUUUGCAUCUCCUUAAACAGAAACGUUUCUCAUUUUGACGAGGUACGGCUCCUGAAUUUGUUUUUCGUCCUCUCUGCACGGCGUGAAACGCGGCUUCCUGCAGGUGGAUCAUUCUGUAUAUAGUGGCAUCAUUCACCAGGUUCUAGGGCAGCCAGUAGCUACUGUCCUUUUAGGAAAGUCGUGACCUUGAAAAUGAAGCUUGCUACUGGAAGUAGAGCCAGCAGGCCAAGAGCGGCAGAAUACUGGCGAGAUAGUAAAUCAGUUUAUCGUGUUGAAAACCUGGACCUUGUUUCUUGUGACAGAAGCCAAAAUCAAAUCUUGAUUUUUCCGAAAUAUCUUCAGCUCGGACAAAUCUUUGUUUUGAGUACAUGGAACGACUGACACGCCCCCCUUGUUAUCUCACUCUCCGAUUUGUGGUAGGUGUGAUGAUCAGAAAAUACAUCCUGUUCUUCAGCAGCGCAUAUUUGCUGGACAUGUCAUGUGGCUGCAGUUUUAAUGACUAGAAAAAAAACAAACAAACCCAAAAAAAAGAAAAACAACAACACUGGGUUGGUCAAAAGUUUCACCGACAUGUCCCGGUUUAAUGUGAAGAUCCAUCUUGUAUAAGUUUUUUUUCCAUCAGACGAGCAAAGAUGAAAUACGGAGUAAAAUCCAGCACUUAUUUGGCUUCUGCUUUGCUCUUUACAAAUGUAUUUAUUAUUUUUUUACUGUGAUGCUCUCCUUUGCCCCUUUUAUUAAAAGUUAUUCUGUAUUUCACCCAACAUGUUGUACAGCUCACUGAUGAUGAAAUAAAUUAUAUUCAUUCAUCAA